AUGGCAAACGAUGUUCACCAAAUAAAAUUGGGCAAUAGUGUUUCUUUCAACAAAGAGGUGAAGAUAGGACGUCCCAAAGUGAGAGGCAUCGAUAUCAUGAGAGAUCCUAUUCUAAACAAGGGCAUGGCCUUCACACUAGAGGAGCGCCAGCUGCUGGGCAUUCAUGGGCUACUGCCCCCAGCCUUGAUGGACCAGGACGCAGAGGUGUUCCAGGUGAUGCAAAACUUCUACCGCUGGAACGAUGACCUUGACAGAUUCAUCUUCCUGAUGUGUCUGCAGGACCGGUCAGAGAAGCUCUUUUACAGGGUGGUCACUGAGAACAUUGAGCAGAUGAUGCCCAUAAUCUACACGCCGACUGUCGGGCUAGCCUGCCAGAAAUAUGGCAUGGUGUUUCGCAAGCCCAGGGGUAUAUACAUCACCAUCCAUGACAUAGGUCAUGUGUAUGACAUCUUGUGUAACUGGCCAAUCGAUGAUGUCAAGGCUAUUGUUGUGACAGACGGUGAGAGGAUCUUGGGUCUGGGAGACCUGGGGGCCUAUGGGAUGGGGAUCCCUAUCGGCAAACUGUCCCUGUACACCGCCUGCGCAGGGGUCCAGCCCCACCACUGCCUCCCCAUUAUGAUUGAUGUCGGCACUAACAGUGAGAACAUCCGCAACGACCCCCUCUACAUUGGUCUCAGACAGCCACGGGAGGCAGGUGAAAACUACAACAAUCUGAUUGAUGAAUUCAUGUGUGCUGUGGUUAGAAGAUUUGGCAAGAAUUGCCUGAUCCAGUUUGAGGACUUUGGCAACCAGAAUGCAUUUAGGCUUCUAGAGAAUUACAGAGACAGAUACUGUACAUUUAACGAUGAUAUUCAAGGAACAGCAGCAGUCGCAGUCGCUGGCAUCCUGUCUAGUCUCUUGAUAACCAAAAUACCGCUGGAGAAGAAUGUCUUUCUCUUCCUGGGGGCUGGAGAGGCCUCCAUUGGCAUUGCUAGGCUGUUGGUGCAGGCAAUUACCAAAACUGGCCAGGGUUUGGAGCAGACUCUGAAGCAGAUCUGGUUGAUUGAUUCCAAGGGGCUGCUUGUGAAGAACCGUCCUAGUGGGGGCAUCGAGGAAGAAAAGCUCAUGUUUGCCAAGGAUCAUCCUCCAAUGGAAAACCUGGAAGCCAUUGUGGAAAGUGUGAAACCCACUACCAUUAUUGGUGCAGCAGCUGUGUCUGGUGCCUUCACUGAGAGAAUCCUUGCCUUUCUGGCCAAGAUCAACAAGAGACCAGUAGUGUUUGCCUUGAGUAACCCCACCAGCAAGGCUGAAUGUACUGCAGAACUGGCCUACACUGCUACUGAGGGCCGGGCGGUGUUUGCAAGUGGCAGCCCAUUUCCUGCGGUGACCUACAAGGGUCAGACAUUGCACCCUGGACAAGGCAACAACGCUUACAUAUUUCCUGGCAUGGCCCUGGCCAUCAUUUUUGCUGACAUCAGACGGGUCACAGAGAAUUUAUUCUUGGCCGCCGCUGAGUCACUGGCAAAGAUGGUGACAAACCAACAUCUCAGUGAAGGUCGACUGUACCCUCCGUUGAGUACAAUCAGGCAAGUGUCCUUGAACCUUGCUGAAGCAGUCAUCACCUUCGCUUAUGAACAUAACCUUGCUUUCCGCUACCCACGGCCCUCAGACAUUCGGUCGUCUCUCAAAGAGUUUAUCUUCAGCACAGACUACGACUCGUAUAUCCCCCCAGUUUAUGACUGGCCAGACUAUGCACAUCAUCACAGCUCCAAGAAAUGA